AAUUGUCAUUAGAAUGCUGAAAACCAAGAAAAAUUUCUCACGAAAGUAGUUAACAAAUGGCCAGUGUUAAUGCAUUAAAAUAGUUCAAUUUGGAAACGUCCUUCAUUAAAAGCGACGACACAAGUAUGAAUCUUAAUCCCAUACUAUUCGAGUGGAACAGUUUAUCGAAAAAUUUAACAGAUAAAAACGUUACUUUUUUAUCUGUUUAAAUAUUUAUACGUUUUGUUAGAAAAAUAUUUGGGAGUAUCAAUAUAACUAAGCAUAUAAUAUCUACUUAAAACUCUCGUAAAUAUGAUUUAUAUCGUGUCAUUUAAUUUUUGACUGUAUAAUCCAUUGAAGACAAAAUCUAUAGAAUAUAAUUUAAUGUAAAAGAAUAUACACAAUAAAUUUUAAAUAUAUAUAAGGAGUCAUUUGCUGUUACAUACAUGAUCAUGUGUGACAUGGAUAAGGCAAAAUGAUAUUACAACCCAAGGAGAACAAAAAGUCAUAAUAAUGUCAAAAUGAUGUCAUUUUGACUGUAAAUGAUCAAUUUUUCAUCAAGGCUCCUUGCAGUGACAUCAAAAUGACGUCAUUUUGACGUUAUUUUGACGUCAUCGAUAUAUAUAUCGAUACAUUGAAGGUAUCGAAUAAUAUCGAGAUCGAGAGUCACUCGAGGCGCUAGCUAGCAUAGCUCAGCAUAGCUUUAGAGUAAAGAACGAGAGAAUUCCAGAAGAAAUCAGAAGAAAACGGAUUACCCGCGUUUUCGCAGUCUAUUAUGUUUUAAGUAUUCGACGUGGUUUAGCUGUGCCUAGAAGUAGGAAGAAAAUGACUCCAUUAAAGCAGGUAUUUAUAAUUGCUAAUAACUAAUAUUAGUCCUUCGAUUCUUUAAAGUUCUGUUUGAUAGUUGAGGUAUUAGGAUUGUGUAGUGUGAGCUUAGUAUUUAAAAAAAAUUUUUUUUAUUGUAUUCGUUUUACAUUUUUUACAACAUUCAGAUAGAAUGAAGCUGUUUAUUUCGGCGUAAUGUGCCGGCCCGCCUAACCUCACUUUUGAUUUAUAAUGUUAGAGAGGACGGCAUGAUCACAUUUGAAUUAGGAAAGUCCUGUUGACAAGAAAAUGAAGCUGAAGAGUGAAAAGGAGCUUUCUACCCACCUAGAAUCUUUUCUCUUUCAUGUGUUUCAACAUGUGUUGUUGUGUUAUCAUGGUGUUGCAAUAUUAUUUUUGUUAACUUUGUUGAUAUUUUGUCAUUCAGGUAUUAUCCUCUUUAGUCUAUUGUAAAGUGAAGUAUGAAACGCAAGUUGCAUGCUGCAUCUGUAAAAGUAGUCAGAAAGCGUCUUUAUACCGAAGAAGUAAGACAAACUUUAUCACAAGUUGAUGAUGCAUUAGAAGUUUUUGAGGUAGGAAGCCAUGAUCAACAUUCAGUCGGGGAUGAUUCAUUAGUUUAUUCAGAGGUGGAGGAGAACCGAAACAAUCUUUCCAGUGAUGAUAAUGAAUUAGAUCACAAUGAUUGCAAUACUAGUUUUGAGCAAGAAGCGGAGGCUGAAGCCGUUGAUAUUGAUUUAGAUGAAGAGUUUGCAAUUAAUAUCCAGGACCAGAAUGACAUUCAGUCAGCAGAGGAUUCUGAUAAAUACAUGUCAAGGUUUUUGAAGGAAUGGGCAAUGAGGGGUGUUGCACAUAGGAAAGUUGAUGAACUUCUUGCAGGGCUAAGACCCCUCCAUAGCUCUUUACCAAAGUCUCACAAGACUUUACUGCAAACCCCACGCAGAGUUGAAUUGCAACGUAAUGGUGAAGGUUCAAUGUGGUACAAAGGUUGUCUGAUAGGAGAAGCUGUACCAUUCAUCAUAGGUGUGUGGCAUGGUUUUGGAAAAGCAGACAGUAUUAAUGCUUUUUUAACGGACUUUAUUCAUGAAGUUGAUGAAUUAGCACUGAAUGGUUAUAACUUUCAUGGCAGCCGCUUUCCCUUUAAAAUCGGGAAUUACAUACUCGAUGCUGUAGCACGACAAUAUGUAAAAUGUAUUUCAAGUCACAACAGUGUUUAUGCAUGUGAAAAGUGCACAGUAAGAGGUGCGCGUUUUAGAAAUCGUGAAAUCUUUUUGGAUUUUAAUGCACCAUUGCGUACAGAUGAAUCCUUUAGGAGAAAGGAUCAGCUUGAUCAUCAUGAUGGAGAUUCGCCCCUAGAAGCCAUGAGAAGUGACAACAAUAGAAUGAUUUCACAGUUUCGUUUAGAUCCCAUGCAUUUGUUAUUUGAAGGAGCUUUUAAAAGAUGGGUUCAAUAUCUCUGUGGGUAUCAAGCUAUCACAUAUGGUAAAAUCUCAAGGUUAGCAUGUUUCAAUUUAUGUUCUGGUAUGAUUGACAUUGCUCCUUGGAUCCCCAUGGAAUUCAGUCGUAGACCGAGAUCUUUGUAUUAUCAAGCCAAGUUUAAAGCAACUGAGUGGAGGCGUCUUCUUUUGUAUGAUGGAGUGCGAAUUUUUCGAUACAAGAUUCAUGAAAAUACUUAUAUAUACAAGAACUUUCUAUUAAUUCAUUCUGCAUCUUAUAUUCUGUCAUCCCCUGAAUUUGUCAAAAGCAAUCAUUGGAUUGUUAUUGCUGACAAUAUAUAUCGUGAGUUCAUCAGGCAUUCCAUUGAUGUUUUUGAUGAAUCAUAUGUGGUAUACAAUGUACAUUGUCUGUGUCACAUGGCUGCUGAAUGCCAAGAAAAUGGGACGAUUUUGGAUUUCAGUGCUUUUAAGUACGAGUCUUUUAUGGCUGUGAUUAAACAUAACUUGCGUUCAACUUAUAAGCCUCUCCAGCAGUUAGCUAACAGGGACAUUGAGACAGAGGGGCAACUUGUUACAGAGUCAAGAAGGCCAAAUCCGAAUAAAAUUACAUUAAAGAAGCAGUUGUUUAGAAAUAUUGUUCCGGAAAUUCCUGGAAACCGUUAUGCACAAAUAAAUUUAAAGGGUGUAACUCUUACAACUAAUGAAGCUAAUUGCUGUUUCUCAUCAAAAGAUGGAAAAAUUUUUAUUUUAAUCGAAGUUAUAGUUGCACCGAAUGGUGAUAUAUUAUUAGCAGGCCAUAGGUUUCUUUGUAAAGCAGAUUACUAUGACUAUCCACUUCCUUCCUCAUCCAUUGGAAUUUUUAAGGUAUCACAUGUGGAUCCUGUUAAAAGCAUGUGA